GUGAAAAAAUAAUAAGACAAGAUAAUUUCAAAUUGUUUUAGGGUUGAUAUUUGAAAAAAUGCGUUUAGUUUGAACUUGAUUAAGUUUCAUUUUACAAACGUUGUUUUAUAAAAAUCAUAUGCUGUAUAUUCACGUAUAUAAGUGCCGGAUAUAAUAUCACGAGUUGGUCUGAUGGCCGCAGCGGGCUCGGACUCGGGUCAAGCCUUCCGACGUCUCACAAGGAUCGGCAGUAUAACUCUAGAUCGCCCACCAUUACUUGACCUGCAGAAAAUACUAGGAGAAAAAUUCGAUGGUGAGUUGCUGCACUCGAACGUGGAAGACUUCGAGGACAAAUUGUUUGACUUCCUGUGUGACUCACGACAACUUGUUAGUAUAGACAAGUUUAAAAAGAUAUUGAACGAGACCGGUUUACGAAAUGAUGAUCCCAGAUUAAAAGAGAUGCAAGACAAUUUUCACGAUGUGGAACAAAAACAGCUGCACGAUGAGCACGAGCUACGUGGUGCUAUUACACGAGAAACAUUCAAAGAUUGUGUGACAGACAAUAUUUUGCUGAUAUCACGUGCAUUUAAGAAUCAAUUUAUUAUACCAGAAUGGCGAUCAUUUACAGAACAUAUCCAAGAAAUGUAUGAAGAAUGUAAAUCUAACACAAGUGGAACUCCUGCCUCAUACAUACCACAACUUGCCCGAGUAGAUCCAAAGUACUGGGGUGUAACUGUGUGUACCAUAGACGGGCAAAGAUUUUCACUCGGUGACACCAAAGUACCUUUCAGUUUACAAUCCAUCGUUAAACCAUUAUCAUAUGCCCUGGUUCUCAACGACUUGACGCCAGAAAUUGUGCAUAAACAUGUCGGCCAGGAACCAAGCGGCAAAUCUUUUAAUGAACUCACGCUCGAUUAUGAACAUAAACCACAUAACCCAAUGAUCAAUGCUGGUGCUAUAGUUGUAUCUUCUCUACUUAAGAAAGAGAUGAAUAUUGCAGACAGAUUCGACUUCCAACCACCAAUAGAAGAACAGCGGAAAGUUACCCUACAAAAGACAAUGGAUCAAAUGAAGCGUCUGACUGGAGGAGAAUACUUGGCUUUCAACAAUUCAGUGUAUUUAUCAGAGAGGGCGACGGCAGAUAGAAACUUUGCCUUAGGAUAUUAUAUGAGAGAAAACAAGUGUUUUCCCGAGGGCGUUGAUUUACAUGAGGUGCUAGAGUUUUAUUUCCAGUUGUGUUCAAUCGAAGUAACAGCGGAGUCGGGGUCCGUUAUAGCAGCAACUUUAGCUAAUGGAGGGAUCUGUCCAAUGACUGGAGAGAAAAUAUUGUCAGCUGAGGCUGUGAGGAACACUCUCUCCCUCAUGCACUCGUGCGGCAUGUACGACUACUCGGGUCAGUUUGCGUUCAAGGUCGGCCUUCCUGCAAAAUCUGGCGUAGCGGGUGGGGUAAUGUUAGUUGUACCAAACGUGAUGGGAAUAUUCCUCUGGUCUCCACCGCUAGACAAGUGGGGAAACAGUUGUAAAGGUGUUCAGUUCUGUGAGAGCCUGGUUGCAAAGUUCAAUUUUCACAACUAUGACAACUUGAAACAUACCCAGAAGAAGAUUGACCCCCGGGGACGGGCGACGGAAUCUAAGGCACAGGAUGUUGUCAAUCUUCUGUUUAGCGCAUACAAUGGUGACGUCACGGCCAUGAGAAGGUAUUCUUUACUUGGAAUGGACAUGUCACUUGCCGAUUAUGACGGAAGAACAGCGCUUCAUCUUGCCGCCGCGGAGGGCCACGAGGUGAUCGUUAGAUUUCUGUUGGAAAAAUGUAAUGUGUCACCAUACGCUGAAGAUAGAUGGAACUGUACACCAUUGGAAGAUGCGAGAAAAUUUGGCAAUACAGACAUAGUCGCCAUUUUGGAAAAGGCGAUGUCGUCACAUCCGGAACGUGAUGUUUAUCAAAUCAACAAAAGCUUCAAGAGCCUUAACUCGGACUGAAAUGUGUUAUUGUAAUCCAGACAUAGGGAGGCAAUUUAAAGACGACUUUUUAAAGAGAUAUAUGUAUAUAUUAUGAUACAAAAUCAACGUCAUUUACCAGCAUUAACUGCGAACUGUUUAAGCUUUUCGAGCCCGGUAGUGUUGUUGUCAAAUUAUCUCACUUCUUGCUUGUAUUUAACUAUGAUGAUAUAUGAUACUAUAUAUUUUAUUAUUGUCUAUUUGUAAAAUAUGAUUGAUACUUUAGUGCUAUAUUUUAUUUAUAUACAUGAUGUUUGCAUAAUGAUAAUGAAGCAUGUUUUAUCAGCAGAUGUAUAAAUGUUCAGAUAUAUAUACUAGUAAUGUACAUGUUUCAUUUUAACCUAGACCCUUGCAUAGGACCAGACCAGCUUCCACAACUGUGAAGUCUGACUAGACUGUACACCGAUGGUUGAUUUAUC